AUGCGUCUCAUUCACACAGAGCGGUUACAGCUCGAAGAAUUCGCAGAUGAAAUCCCGCCUUACGCGGUUCUCUCGCACCGAUGGGGCAAGGACGAAGUUACGUUCCAAGACAUACUCCUCAACCAGAACCAUGAUACGGAGGGCUACAGAAAAGUGGAGAACAUCUGUAAAGUAGCCAACCAGGAUGGCUUUGAGUAUGCCUGGAUUGACACCUGUUGUAUCAACAAAGAAAGUAGCGCUGAGCUGUCCGAGGCAAUCAACUCAAUGUUCAGAUGGUAUGAAUCGGCAGGACGGUGUUAUGCUUACCUACGCGAUGUCUCUCCGGACAAUAACCAAUCUGAUUUGUCAACCAAAGUUAGAAACAGUGUGUACUUCAAGCGAGGCUGGACCCUUCAAGAGCUCAUUGCUCCAUCGGACGUGCGUUUUCUUGCAGAUGACUGGAGUGAGAUAGGCUCGAGGGAAUCUUGGUGUACCUUGAUACAUAGUAUCACCAACAUAGACGAAUCGAUACUGAGAGGCUCAGCACAGUUGUCCGAUUUCAGUAUUGCCAGGCGAAUGUCAUGGGCUUCGGGAAGAAAGACGACACGUGUUGAGGAUAUAGCCUACUGCCUCAUGGGGAUAUUCCACGUUAACAUGCCGUUGCUCUACGGAGAGGGCGAGAAGGCUUUCAUAAGACUGCAGGAAGAGAUUAUGAGGGAGUCAGCCGACCAGACACUGUUUGCAUGGGGAGCACGUGAAUCAUUUGACCGAUCUGCAACUGGUCUACUUGCGCGAUCGCCUGCUGAUUUCAAGCAUUCUGGAGAUUUCGUACCUUUUUACUUUUCAAAGAAGGAUUCUGCUCCGUUCUCGAUAACUAACCGGGGUAUAAAGCUACAUUUACCCCUGUACCACAGCCUAGUGGUAAAGGAUGUACUUAUACUUGAGUGCCAAGACACCUCGCUAGAUUACAUAGCCCUUGCGGGGAUAUAUCUGCUCCCCAGCCAUGGCGGACAGCUGCAGUAUAUGAGAUAUAACUCUGGGCCCAGCAGAGUUCCUCUAUGGAGAAUACGUCAUGUCAAGGCUCAAACGAUCUAUGUGAUGAAGACAUCCAUUGGUGAGGGAGGGAGCUCUCUGCUGCAUGAGCGUAAACCUUAUCGCUACACAGAAUCCCGCCUCCGCGGAGAGAUAUCGCAGUCAGGAGAGCGCCCGAAAAAGGUAAUCCUGUGUUUCGACGGAGGAAACCAUAAACAUGGAGCGAAUCAUCAGUCUAACAUCGAGAAAAUACAUAAGAUGCUUUAUGGCACGAACGGCUCCCAGCUUUGUUACUACCAACGAGCUAAUUUUAGCCGUCCUGAUGACUUCAAAACAUGUAUGGGUGAUGGAUAUAGUGCUGCCUGGGACAUCUACCAAAGCUGGAACAACUAUGCGCUGAGAACCGAUGCUGAUAAGCUGUGGGAGGAGAGAGAGAGUUACUUUCAAAUGAAAGGUUUUCGAGAAAAGCUGAGCAAGCCAACCAAUAGGAUCCCAUUUCUUGGUUUAUUCGAUGCUGUCGUUGUCAAAUCCAAAUAUCUGGGCAGAGAAGGGGAACGAAUCUCUACAACUACGGAGAUUUCUAAAUCAGCCAGUACUAUCUGUCAUGCGGUCUCCAUAGACGAAUGUCGGGCUGAAUUACGCCCAGUUCUCCUGAAUGAAGAGCUCGGCAGUGGACUGCUUAUGAAAGGACUCAAGCAAGUCUGGUUUCCAGGUAGUCAUGCUAUCUGA